AUGCUGGAAGAAAUUCAAAGAACGGCCGAGUUUUUUGCUAGUUGGCUCGUGAAAAAGUUUGAUUCUAAAACGGUGGCCGAGUUUAAAAUUUCUCUUGAAAAUGAUUUGAUUUCUCGUUUUAAGAAUCAUUGGUAUCCUUCGAAUCCACUCAGGGGUCAAGCAUUCCGAAGUAUCUUGUUAGAUGGAGUGCAAACCGAUCCUAUUUUGAUGGAUAUUGCAACCAGGAUGGGAAUGGACUUGGUAGAUUUUGAGAGUUGCCUACCAAGACAUUGCGUUGUGUUUUGCGAUCCCUCCCGUGUGGUUUGCAAGGAUCUCCAGGCCAGAGAAAAUUCUUAUCAUGUGAUUUAUACUGGAAACAAUAGGAGUUCUACUUCUGUUGUUGUUGAAUCUGAACAAUCUCCACUUUUGAAAACUAUGGAACAACAGAACAAGGAGAACAUUUCAAAAGGUGUGCUGAUUGUAUCAUCCAAUUAG